AUGAUGCAUCCUCAAGUCUUCAUUUCAGGCCUCAUACUGCUUCUCCCAGGUGUUGUGAGUUCUCACAGAGUAGUGAAGGGGGUGGUGGGUGACCCUGUCACACUGCCAUGUACUUACUCAACAUCCCGAGGAAUCACUACCACGUGUUGGGGUCGAGGAACAUGCUCAGCUUUUCAUUGUGUAGACGUAAUUAUUGAGACCAAUGGAUACCGAGUCACCUAUCAGAGGAGCAGCCGAUACCAGCUAAAGGGGCGUAUUUCAGGAGGAAUCGUGUCCUUGACAAUAGCGAAUGCUGUUCAGAGUGACAGUGGUGUGUAUUGCUGUCGAGUGAAGAUCCCUGGAUGGUUCAAUGAUCAGAUAUUGACCUUUUCCUUGGACGUUAAAGCAGCAAUUCCCACAACUACAAGAAGACCCACAACCACAAGACCCACAACUACAGGAAGUCCCACAACUAUUGCAACAAGACCCACCCAUGUACCCACAUCACCCCGAGUCUCCACUUCUACUCCUUCAAUACCAACACACACACAGACUCACACACCAGAACCCACUACGAUUUAUCCACAUCAGACAACAGCUGAGGUGACAGAAACCGUAUUCUAUACUCUUGCAGAUUGGAAUUACACUGUGACAUCCUCAGACGACUUUUGCAGUAAUUACACUGAAUCAAUCCCUUCACAGGAGUGGCAGAAGAACACGACUAAUGGCUUCUAUGUGGGCAUCUCCAUGGCUGCCCUGCUGCUGCUGCUGCUUGUGUGCACCCUGGCUGUCACCAGGUAUAUCUUUAUGAAAAAGAAGUCAGAGUCUCUAAGCUUGGUAACAUUCCAUGCAUCUACAAAUGGAUCUUUGCAAAACAUAGCAGAUGUGCAGUCCCGAGCUGAAGACAAUAUCUACAUAAUUGAAGAUAGUCCUUACCCUAUGGAAUGA